AUGCGCAAACCCGGAAUCGAACCGGGGGCCCAACGAUGGCAACGUUGGAUUUUACCACUAAACCAUUUGCGCAUUAAAUUGAUUUUGCCCAGGAUCGAACUGGGGACGUUCUGCGUGUUAAGCAGAUGCCAUAACCAACUAGACCACAAAACCAACUAUAAUUUUUUUUUAAGCAUUAGUAUUAUAAGCAUCAUUACAUUAAGGUUUAAAGAACAUUAUUUUUUUAUGGGCCGAGAUUCAAUCUUGCAAGGUACAAGGUACUUUACCAGAGAAUUUGAUUACUAUUAA